GUGGUCUUCCGGUACCGGCGGUUCGUUGCGCCUGGAGUUUUGUCCCCUGCGCGGAUGAUUCUGGGAAAUGUCGAUCGGCUGUGGGCGGCGCACUGGGUCCGCCCCGCUGUAGCCUCAGGCCUGACGGCGACUCCCAGGCUCAGGGACGAUUCUGGGCAGUGUGGUUCCCAGAGGUCGGCGGCCGUUGCCCGCUCACCAGCGACGCGGGGGGCCUGCGGGGACGGUGAGGCCCUGCUGAGGACUCCGGCCAGUAUGAGUCCCGGGGGCGGCGGCGGGGCUCAGGCCCUGGGUCUGCCCCGCGGUGUGACCCCGGCCGGUGCCUUGGCUUUUCCUGGCCUUCGUGUCCUCCUAUGUAAACGCGGGGUGAUGACGGCGCCGACCUCUUGGCGCUGUUGUGAGAGUGAAGUGGGCGCGUGAUUAGACGCCAGCCACAGUUGUCUUUGGGUUAUGUCGUCAUGAAGCCGGCGCUCUACAGACACUGCCCAUCUCUAAGAUAAGAGCCUGGAAAGAGGACUCUGUUGGCUGUUGGAAAUUGCAGAGUAAUGCCUCAGGUGACAUUUAAUGAUGUGGCUAUAGACUUCUCUCAUGAAGAGUGGGGAUGGCUCAAUUCUGCUCAGAGGGACUUAUACAAGGAUGUGAUGGUCCAGAAUUAUGAGAACCUGGUCUCUGUAGGUCUUUCCAUAACUAAGCCAUAUGUGAUCACGUUAUUGGAGGAUGGAAAAGAGCCCUGGAUGAUGGAGAAAAAACUGUCAAAAGAUUGGGAAUCAAGAUGGGAAAACAAGGAAUUAUCAACAAAGAAGGAUAUUUAUGAUGAAGAUUCACCCCAAACAGUAAUAAUAGAAAAAGUUGUAAAACAAAGUUAUGAAUUUUCAAAUUCUAAGAAGAAUUUGGAAUAUAUAGAGAAGUUAGAAGGGAAGCAUGGAAGUCAGGUAGACCACUUCAGACCAGCAAUUCUCACCUCUAGAGAAAGCCCCACUGCAGACAGUGUUUACAAAUACAAUAUAUUUAGAAGCACCUUUCAUUCAAAGUCUACUCUUUCUGAACCACAAAAAAUUUCUGCUGAAGGGAAUUCACACAAAUAUGAUAUAUUAAAGAAGAACUUACCAAAAAAGUCAGUUAUAAAACAUGAGAAAGUCAAUGGUGGAAAGAAACUUUUGAAUUCUAAUAAAAGUGGGGCAGCCUUCAGCCAGGGCAAAUCUCUUACCCUUCCCCAGACUUGUAAUAGAGAGAAAAUCUAUACAUGCAGUGAAUGUGGGAAAGCCUUUGGCAAACAGUCAAUCCUCAAUCGCCACUGGAGAAUUCAUACAGGAGAGAAGCCCUAUGAAUGUCGUGAAUGUGGGAAGACUUUUAGCCAUGGCUCAUCCCUUACACGACAUCUGAUAAGCCAUAGUGGAGAGAAACCUUACAAAUGUAUUGAAUGUGGGAAGGCCUUUAGCCAUGUCUCAUCACUUACUAACCAUCAGAGCACUCACACUGGAGAGAAACCAUAUGAAUGUAUGAACUGUGGAAAGUCUUUUAGUCGUGUGUCCCAUCUUAUUGAACAUCUAAGAAUUCAUACUCAAGAAAAACUCUAUGAGUGUCGUAUAUGUGGAAAGGCCUUCAUUCAUAGGUCAUCUCUCAUUCACCAUCAGAAAAUCCAUACUGGAGAGAAGCCUUAUGAAUGUAGAGAAUGUGGGAAAGCUUUCUGCUGUAGCUCACACCUUACUCGACAUCAAAGAAUUCACACUAUGGAGAAACAAUAUGAAUGCAACAAAUGUCUGAAAGUCUUUAGUAGCCUCUCAUUUCUUGUUCAGCAUCAGAGUAUUCAUACUGAAGAAAAACCCUUUGAAUGUCAGAAAUGCAGGAAAUCCUUCAACCAGCUUGAAUCACUGAAUAUGCAUUUGAGAAAUCACAUUAGAUUGAAACCCUACGAAUGCAGUAUAUGUGGGAAAGCCUUUAGUCAUAGGUCAUCCCUGCUUCAACAUCACAGAAUUCAUACUGGAGAGAAACCUUACGAAUGUAUUAAAUGUGGGAAGACCUUCAGCUGUAGUUCAAACCUUACCGUACAUCAGAGAAUUCACACUGGAGAAAAGCCAUAUAAAUGUAGUGAGUGUGGGAAAGCUUUUAGCAAAGGCUCAAAUCUUACUGCCCAUCAAAGAGUACAUAAUGGAGAGAAACCCAAUAGUGUGGUAAGUGUGGAAAAGCCUUUAGACUAUAUGAAUCACUAUACAUGUGAGAAAUCUUACAGAAGAGAAACUGUAUGAAGCAGUGGUUAUCAUGGUAAAUUUCCUAGAUUCUCCCUUAUUUAACAUUAGAAAAAUUUAUACUGGGGAAAGUCUUAUGAAUGUGGUGAAUAUAGGAAGACCUUUUAGCAAAGAUGCAGGCCAGUUUGUUUAUCAGACUUUAUACUGUAGAGAAAUCAUAUGAAGACCAUAAAUGUGGGAGAGCCUUUGUCAAUAUUAAUCCCUUAAUUGACAUAAGUAUACUCACACUAGGAUAAAACCCUGUACAUGUAGCAAAUGUGGGAAAGACUAUAGACAAUAGGAAUCUUUUACAAACUCCUACAGGAGAGAAGCUGUAUGAAUGUAGAAAAUUUAGAAAUUGAGGGAAGUCUUCAGUUCCAAGUAUAUCCCUUAUUCUACAGCAGAGAACUCAAAAUGGAGAGAAAUCUCAUUUAAGAGAUGUAGUGAAGUGUUCACUAAGAGUGUUUAUCUUGCUACGCAUCAGAAGAUUAAUGGUAGAACAACCUGAAGGAUUUAGGAGUUAUGUGUAAAUCUUUGCAGUCAUGCUAUUUGUAAACUGGAUUCUACAGGAGAGCAAAUAAACAUUAUAAUAAAAUAUGCAUUUCUUAGAGCAGUAGCUUGCAGUUUCAGUUGAGUUCUACUUAGAAAUUCUUUUUAGCUAGUGGGCAUGUGAAGAUAUUUAGUCACCCAGAGGAGCCAGUAAGUGUUACAAUAUUGAAAAUUAAAGCUGCAAAAGAGAUAAAGUGAUGUUAAUAAAAGUUUUGGCAUCUAAUAAAAUCAUUUUGUAUAUCACAAA